AUGAGUCAUAAAUCAACUCAAAAUAGCAAUUAUCCAUUUUAUUAAUAUUGUUUAGGUGGGCCAUAACAAAACUUUUUGAAGUGUACAAAUUGUAUUAUCUUGGGUGUUAUUAUUAUUCUAUUGCUUUUUAUUCUGAUUCAAUAAUUGCAUAGAAGGUAUCAAACAGGAACUAAGAAAUUAUCUAAAAAGUGCAUCAUUUUGUACAUGAUUAUGAUAAACUUUCUAAGUAAUCAUGAUAACAAAUUCAAGUAUUAUUUGUAGAGUCCUUCAUCAUUAGCAAUAAAUACAUGAC